AUGGCUCCUUAUACUAAUAUAUAUACCCGUACCUUAGUAAUUGCGUUAAAAUCACCUCCUAUUGGCAAGAAUACCUUACAAGUCUCUACGCUAACUAGCGUUUAUCCUUGUACUGUAGAUCGUAUCUAUAGUAGAGCUAUUGCUGUAGGCUUUGAGCUAAACGACCUUCUUAUUAAGAUUCUUCUACACCACGUUCAGGAUGCUCUAAAGCCUAGUAGGCCUGCUAAGCAGGCAGAGGUGAAGGAGCAGAUAUUGCAACAAGUACGACACGAUAGAUAUGGACGAGAGAAGAGCUAUGCUAACCUUGCUAGUGGGCUUAGUCUCUAA